UGCUAUCCACUUGUUGGAUACGAAGAAAAUGGUGAUUUCAGCCAAUCAGCUGGGGCGGACUAUCUCCUUAAACUUGUUCCUUUUCGUUACAAGUGGAGGAGCAGGAUAUCCCUCAGGAAUAGAAUUUAAAAAUGCGUCGAUCUGUGAUGGCUUUCAUGACCAUACAGCAAAAAUCAAAAUAUCUCCAUGGCCUUUUAUAGCGACUGGAACUCUCGCCACGAUAAGUGUAACAGUAACCCCCGCGGUUGAUGUCCUUGACGCGUACUCGAAAUACAUAAUAAAGUCAGAAUUGGACGGAAAGGUUAUCCUCAAGGGGAGGGAAAAUUUUUGCAAAAACGCAGAUUUUCAAGAAUUAUGCAGCUUACCUGCAGACG